AUGAGAGUGAAGCCUCUAAAAUAAAAAUAAAAAUAAAAUUAACGAGAGCUAUAAAACCAGGUCGAGUAAGCCAUUAGGGUUUGGUAUCCGCCGUUGUUGGUUCAGCAUUUCAUCUCCAGACGCAGCCGAAGAAGAAGGAAGAAGAAGAAGCAGCUGCAAAAAUGCCUUCACACAAGACAUUCGUCAUCAAGAAGAAGCUCGCGAAGAAGAUGAGGCAGAACAGACCCAUCCCUUAUUGGAUCCGUAUGAGAACCGACAACACCAUCAGGUACAAUGCUAAGCGUCGUCACUGGCGUCGUACCAAGCUUGGAUUCUGAGGUUUUUUAGUUUAUGGGUUUAGUUUUUGUUAUGAAAAAGACAGUGGCUUUUGUUGUUUGAGUUUUUAAUGUUUUGAUUAUUGUCUAUUGAGACUGAGAUCACUGUUGUUUUUUAAGGAUGUAAUUGUGGCUUUUAAAACCACAUUUUGUUUCAUUUAGUGGUGUUGAUUAUACAUUGAUUUUUCGUCUAGUGAUUUUGAUGUUGUUAGAUAGAAUGAAUGAUUUUUAAUCUGUU